UUUACUUAUAAUAACUUUGAUCUUCUGUUUUUGUUUCCUUUUUGUGUUCUAAAGAUCAUUCAUUUACCAAUGAUAACUUAUGCUACAACAAGGAAUCAUAUCCUCCACUACAACAAAGAACCAAAUUCUUGACGUUUCCUUCUUUACUUUCAAACCCUCCGCUACUUUCGAAUCCAAUUCAUUCUUAUCGUUUUGGUUUUGAUCCCUUUCUCUAUUUCUCAAAAUUUGUUGUUUUUCUUCUUCUAUAUAAACCUCAUGGAGACACACAAACACAACACACAACACACAAGUCUCUCUAACUCAAACACACACAAGUCUCUCUAACUCAAACACAAGAUGUGGUCAAGCAAACGAGGUGGUAAGAACGUCUCCAAUGCAUCUAGUUCCAAGGAGCCAUCAGACCAUUUUAUUAAAAAGUAUGGAGUCACCAUCUUCUGGGACUUUGAAAAUUUAACGGUCGACAGAAAUGCCGAAGAUCUAUCUCAACUUAAAGGUAAUAUCGAAGUUGCCUUGAAAACACUAGAUCAUCGCUUCUUCAUCCAUGGCAAGCCAAAGGGGUUUGGCAAAUUUAAAGGAGCGAAUUGGAGAGAAGUCAUAGAACUGCAGAAUACUGAUGCGUUCGAUUUGCAAAAUGUGGACACUAAAACAGUUCCGUGUGAUGCUGGUGGUUGUAAUAUGAACGUUCGAGAUUCAGAGACUCCUCUCGACGAUGAUCCCUAUGCACGUAUAACCGACAUUGCCGAUACUCUUCUGGUGAGAGAUAUCAUGUUUGCACCCAUUGACUAUUUCCUGAAGGCGGAGAACUCGACGCAUCAUAUUCUGGUCAUAACAGGCGACAAAGAUUUUUUAGGUGCUCUCAUUGAGCUUAAGAGGAAAAGGUGGAAAUAUGUUAAGGAGAGUAAUAAAGAAAGUUAA